GUUGUGCCAAAACGCGCGAUGCGCUUUAUAGCAACCGUUGCCCUGUGAUCCGGCGCCAUAGUCACCGUAGUCGUGGCGACUGUAACCCACCAACAACAACAACCAGCACCUCGCGCUCCAUCCUUUUUUUUUUUUUUUUUUUAACCUCCUCUGCCAUCCUCAUCUCCACACACACACCGUUCAGGCGCCAUGCAAACCCCAGAGGCUGGCGCUGACUCCUCGUCCACAGUGCCCCUCCAGACCAGCGUGCCUGUGCAGCAGCCUGCUGUAACUACCCAGCAGGUGCCCACUCAGGUGCCCAUCCAGCAACAGGCGCAGACUGUUCAACAGGUGCAGCAUGUGUACCCAUCCCAAGUGCAGUAUGUGGAGGAGAACAGCGGCGUCUACACCAACGGGACCAUACGCACAUACUCGUACUCCGAGCCGCAGCUGUACAGUCAGAACAGCAGUGGAAGCUACUUUGACACACAAGGUGCCGCACCACAGGUGAGCACGGUGGUAACGACUCACAGCUUGACCAACAACGGCAGCACUAAUGGCGGCCUGGCUAUGGGCCUCACGGGGGGUCAGAUCAUCAGCAGCUCAGGGGCGUACCUGAUCGGUUCCAAUGCCAUGGACGGCUCUUCUCCUCACACUGCAGCGCAGACCACCAGGGCCUCUCCCGCUACGAUUGAAAUGGCGAUUGAGACGCUCCAAAAGUCUGAGGGUUUGUCCAGUCAGAGAAGUUCACUGCUCAACAGCCAUCUGCAGUGGCUUCUGGAUAACUAUGAGACUGCAGAGGGGGUGAGUCUUCCUCGCUCCACACUCUACAGCCACUACCUGCGCCACUGCCAGGAGCAGAAGCUCGAUCCGGUCAACGCUGCGUCAUUUGGGAAACUCAUCCGCUCCAUUUUCAUGGGUCUGCGCACACGCCGCCUUGGAACCAGAGGGAACUCAAAGUAUCAUUAUUAUGGGAUCCGUGUGAAGCCAGACUCGCCUCUGAACCGGCUGCAGGAGGACAUGCAGUACAUGGCACUGCGGCAGCAGCCUGUGCAUCAGAAACAGAGGUUCAAGUCUGUGCAGAAGACAGAUGGCUUUUUAGGAGACAACUACUCAAGCAGCGGGCAUCAUAAUCCCAAUGCUGCCGAGCAGACAGUCCUUGCACAGAGCCAGCACCAUCAGCAGUUCCUGGACGCAUCUCGAGCCAUCCCCGAGUUUGUAGAGCUCGAUCUUGGAGAGAAUGCGGUGGACGGUGUUAGCACUGAGGACAUCAAAGCUCUUCAGAUACUAUACAGGGAACACUGCGAGGCCAUCUUAGACGUGGUGGUAAACCUCCAGUUUAGCUUAAUAGAGAAGCUGUGGCAGACGUUCUGGCGAUAUUGUCCUUCCAACUCGAUAGAGGGCAUCACCACGAUGGAAAACAGCGGGAUGAGUGAGAUUGAGGGGCGUCUGCCACGUGCCAGGCUGUUGCUGCUCUGCCAGAGUGAGGCCGUGCUGAAGUGGAUGAACACCUGCGAUCACCUGAUGUACCAGGCUCUAGUGGAGAUCCUCAUCCCUGAUGUCCUCAGACCCAUUCCUAGUGCCUUGACUCAAGCCAUCCGAAACUUUGCCAAAAGCCUUGAGGGCUGGCUGACCAACGCCAUGAGCGCCAUUCCCCAGAAGAUGAUCCAGACCAAGGUAUCCGCUGUUAGUGCCUUUGCGCAGACCCUGCGCAGAUACACGUCUCUGAACCAUCUGGCUCAGGCAGCGCGAGCUGUCCUGCAGAACACCUCACAGAUCAACCAGAUGCUCAGUGACCUGAACCGUGUGGACUUUGCCAAUGUGCAGGAACAGGCAUCGUGGGUCUGCCAGUGCGAGGAGGGCAUGGUGCAGCGACUCGAGCAGGACUUCAAGGCUACACUGCAGCAGCAGAGCUCCUUGGAGCAGUGGGCCGCAUGGCUCGACAACGUGGUCAGUCAGGUCCUUAAACCAUAUGAGGACAGACCGAGUUUUCCGAAAGCGGCCCGACAGUUCCUGCUCAAGUGGUCCUUUUAUAGCUCAAUGGUGAUCAGGGACUUGACCCUACGCAGUGCUGCCAGCUUCGGCUCCUUCCACCUGAUCCGGUUGCUCUAUGACGAGUACAUGUUCUACCUAGUGGAGCACCGUGUCGCCCAGGCAACCGGAGAAACACCUAUUGGGGUUAUGGGAGAGUUUGAUGACCUGAAUACCAUGUCACCUACCAACAUUGAUAAAGAUGAAGUAAGCGAGAUGGACAGCGAGCUGGAUGAGGAAAUGCAGGACGCAGGCGAGCCGCUGACCAAGCAAGAGAAGGCAGAGGCUGAGGUUAUUCAGGUUCUGCAGGUGGGGACUAUGGAGGAUGGAAGCAGCGCUGUGGUAGGCAUGGUCCAGCCAGAAAUGUUGAGUACAUUGGUGGUGCAGCAGCAAUCCACAAUCCGUCACUGCGGUGGAGCUGGCAACGCCUACGCCUCUGUGUGACACUUUCACCAGCUCUCAACUUCUUUUUUUCUUUUUUAUUCCUCCACACAACACCUCUUCUUUAGUCAUAUUCAUUUACAUCUCAUCCUUAUUUGUCAACAUGUAACACACCCAUUUAUGUUCAGCAGGGUCUGAUCACAACACUAUAUCAGCAGAUGCUUCAGUCUUGCACUGCCAUUUUAUGAACUUCAUUGAUGUGAUCACCCUAUUUGAUUAUGAGCAACCCAUGAAGGAGAGCAGGUGCUUAACAUUGAUGGUCUUACACUGAUGAGGAUGGGUAAUAUUCUUUCUUUCAGAUGACGAAGGACUCAAAUUCAAGCCACUGGAUUCACAGGAAAAUCAAACACCACCGAAUCUCAAUGUACUUGUACUUUUGGUCAUUGUUUACGUUGUUUUUGUGUUUAUUUUAAAUUCCCACCCCCGUGGCUGUGUGUCGGAGUCGGAAUUCUUGCUGUGUAUUGUGCUGCUAAAACCUCAAGCGAGCUGGCCAGAGAUGGGACAGCCUCGUCCUUGAGCCGUUCUCCUUGCCUUCUGUUUGUCGAAUCAGUCUCUUGGUCUGGUCUUAGGAGAGGAUUUGUUUUACAUCCUCUACAUAUCUGGUGCAGACCUGGUGAGUUUUGCAGUUUUGGUGAGGUAUGAUUUGGACCAAAAAAAAAACAGGAAGUGUUGAUUUUCUUUUUUUUGUCUGUUCCAGGCUGUCCUACAGCUUCACGUCCUCUCCUGUGUUGUGUCGUAAAAAAAAAAAACAAGCUAAUGUCAGGGAUUUAAUGUACCUCGGGUUCAUGCUAGUGCCUUAACCCAGCAACAGCUUUUCUGUUUCUUCGAAGCUACCGCAUCGCACUGAGGGAGGCAGUUUUUUUUUCUUCUUUUUUUAAACUAGAACACUGAUAUCUUACACCUGAUCAGCAUGAGUUGAUUGUUUAGUAAGGGAUUUGCUUGCUUGCGUGUGUCUGCGUGUGUAUGAGUUGUUUGUGUAACCGUCGCCCUACCUCACACCAGUGGUGCCAGCCGUUGGACGAACGCCCCACAAGUUUUGAUGUGCGUUGCGUCGUACUGUUUAACCUUGUCAAUUUCAUCAGUCAUUCCCUUUGUUCCACACUGGAUAUCUGUACAGGGGACCAAAACUUGCUAUUUGCUAUGGUAUCGUAUAAAUAUAAAUAAAUAUAUAUUGGUAUAAAAAAAGUAUAUAUAUGUAUAUAUAAAAAUACAGACGCACGUGUGUAUAUGUAUUAUAUAUUUAUACCAAUAUUUAUUUAUUUAUAUAUCGAUCCGUACACUGUCUGUGAAGAGAGUUCAGACUGUAUGUCAUUUUGAUAUACAACAUUUGGAGAUUUGUGGGGGUGGGGUCAUCCAGUUAAUCUGAGAGAGAAGGAUUUAUACAUGUAUAAAUAUAUUUAAAACUGGAAACUAGUGUGUAGUGGUAAACGCUGCAGACUAUAUAAUGGACUACUUUAAUGAUUAUUUUGGUAUUUGGACUUAAUGAUUGUUGCAUAAUAGGAAAAAGUUCACUGGAAAACAAUACUGUCUUAACUACUGACUUUUUUUUUUUGGUAACAUUUUUGGAUAUGAUUUUUCUGCACAAUAUUUCCUCUCAUCACUAAAUCUUCUACAGGGAGGUCAAGUGUUAAUCAUGGUCUUGUGUAGAAUGAUUCUUGAAUUAUCUGUCAAAGUACCUGAAUCAUGACUGUUUCUUUGCAACUGAGUGCAAUCUGUGAUCGAGUAUGAAAAGUAAAAAAAAAAAAAAAAAUCACUCUGUACGGCAAAGAGCUGCCACUAAAUCUGACCAAAACUGAGGCAGCUGCCAGGAAAUACAGAGAUUGUGAUACUGAGGUGCGUAAUUCUCUGCCACUUUUUUUCCCCCUUUUGAUUUCUAUUUUUAUUAUAGUGCCCUUUGUAUGAAUGUGUGAAUUGUGUCGAAUCCUCUUGUGCCUGGAGUGAGAAGAGCUCUUAGCCAUUAGUUUUAAAUCAAAGUGCUUUUUGGUCUUGCAUGCUUUUUUUUUUUUUUAUUAUUAUUGUGCUGCUACUAGAAUGUCAUGGUUUUGCAGUUUUUUUUAUAUAUAUAUAUAUAUUGUGCCAGUGCACAAGUUUAUUCCUUGCCUGUUGAGUUUUUGCCAUAUUAAUGAGAAGCCUACUGUUUUAAUUAAAUUAGCUAUUAAUUAUUUAUUUGACUAAAGACCCCAAAUGCCCUACCCAUUUUUUUAUGUCGCACUGAAGAAGUUGGCCUUGCUAGAUUUGAUGGCUAUGUCCCAAAUCACAAACUACUGUACAUUUAAACUCA